AUGGCUGCGGCCCCUUCCAUAAACUCGUUGCCAUACGAGGUACGCCAAAUCAUACACUCUCUCGUGGGCCGACAGACUGACUCCCAUCGCUGGUUUGGUGAAUCGACCUCGAGCGCGGCGCCCUACGCGACCGUCUCGCGCGAGUGGCAGGAGGAGUACGAGCGCUUCUCCUUCCGAGAAUUGUGGGUGACCCCGCAACGUCUCGAGUCUUUUACUCGCAUCGUCGCAUCUCCGCGACGCAGAGGUAUUGUCCAGACCAUCUGCUUCCACGUCCCCCUCGAGACGUACGAGCGGCACCAGGACGGAGAACAGGAGACCUCGCCCGAGCGACGGCGAAGUACGGACAUUUUGAACACCGCCCUAGGCUCCUUCUUUCAGGCCAUGACGCUCUGGGAGAAGAGCGACACCUCGCCCCUCGGCCUGGAUCUGCACCUUCUGAUCGACUCGCCCAGUGAUUCGUCGGAAUUGCUCGGUAACAACGGGACACCUCUGGUGACUGGACGAGGUCUCACCUCGUACGUAAAACUUGAUCUGGACACGCUCUCCCUGCCGGAAAUAGACGCAUUCAGCGGCUUUCGAUGCUCGGGGAGACAUCUGCAGCCCACGUCUUUACUGGCUAUCAUUUCCAAGCUCCAGGCACUGGAAUAUCUUGAUAUCGAGCUGAGCCACGAUUCCAUGCGGCCUCGAGAUGUCAAGCAAAGGAAUAAAUUUGCCCUGGGCCUCGAGCAGCACGCCGAAACCGUCCGAGUGCUGAGCCUGCGCCGCCCCAGCCCGAUGCUGGUCCCGUCGCCGGGCCCGCCGCGCCAGCCGUGGUCGGACUUCCACGUCAAGAUCCGCAACUUCAGCCAGCAGUGCGAGUCCUUCGAGUUCGACGACUGCAUCGACGCCGCGCAGUUCUUCGCGCCGUUUCUGCUGGGUGGCUCUCCCACGAGCAGCCAGACCCAGACCCAAGACCAAGGCCAGGACCAGAGUGAGAGUCCGAGCCAGCAACACCGCGCCGCCCUCCUCCCGCCGCCCUUCUGGUCCCGCCUCAAGCGCCUCAACAUCCGCAACUCGUACAUGAUGAAGGAGCCCUACCUGCGCGUCGCCAGCCGCAUCGAGGCCCUGACCUCCGUGCACAGCGUCUUCGUCGCCAUCGGCCGCGCCGCCUACCACAUGCCCGAGCUGCAGUUCGCCCGCGUGUGCCAGUACGUCCUCAACGACGGCCGCCUCGAGUGGUUCGUCCUCACCUACGAGUGCUACGCCGGGAAGGCCACGCUGAGGAUAAGGGGGUUCGCGCCGGCGCAGGUCAUGGUGGACGCGUGGAGGCACUCGAUCGCGAGCAAGCGGCUCGAGUGCGAGAUUCAUGUUGAGACGAUCGAUCCUACUGCGCCGGAGGGGUGAAUGGGUAGGACAGAUCAGACAGACAGACAGACAAGCAAACAUUGAUUGGUUGAAUCUCUUGCUAUUGGAUGUUUCCUCUCAAAAGACGCAAGGCGUUGGAUUGGUUUUCACCUUGGAAGUUUUUAUUUUAUUUUUUUGAGGUGGGUGUGCGCAGAGUGUGUGCGCAGAAAAAGAAAGAGAGGAAUGGAUGCUGCAAUGCUUGAAAGUGUUCUGUAUGUUCGAAUUGAAAUGAGGCUGCCUAAUCUAAUAUACAUAAUGGAGCCCUUUCUAGUUCUAAAGAAAUAUAUAUAUAUAUAUAUACCUACCUAAUAGCAACCAACCCGUUCGCGACCUUAA